GUGCUCUCGCUAGUGCUCACGCUCGAUGACAUCACAGUCUCCCCCUGGUGACGUCGGCGUCUCCUCCGCUGCCACUGGCCCACUGCCAUAUUUAUUCAUGCCGGGCAAGAUGGCGGCGAUACGGACGAGGUGUUAUUGCCAGUGGACAUGAGAACGAAUUCUAUUCACACCGUUAAACCGAGUCGGACUCGAUUCUACGCUCGGCCGCGUCGUCUGCGUCCUCACCUAGCAACCAGCGUCGACGUGGGUGUUUUUUGUUUCACGCCUUCCAACGUCCGGGCGCCACGAAAUGUUCACGUUGUAGCUCGCUCGCUAACCGACCAGCUGGCUAACCGAGCGCAGCGCCUAGCUAGCUAGCCCUCCAUCACCGCCGGGCCGCCGUGGAGUGGAGAAUGGGAGAAAAGCUGGAGCUCAAGCUCAAAUCGCCGGUCGGAGCAGAACCCGCAGGCUACCCGUGGCCCUUACCAGUAUAUGAUAAACAUCAUGAUGCUGCUCAUGAAAUCAUCGAGACCAUACGGUGGGUGUGUGAGGAGAUCCCAGACCUCAAACUGGCAAUGGAAAAUUAUGUUCUCAUUGACUACGACACAAAAUGCUUCGAGAGUAUGCAGAGACUGUGCGACAAGUACAACAGGGCCAUCGACAGCAUUCAUCAGCUAUGGAAGGGGACCACCCAGCCCAUGAAGCUGAACAAGCGUCCAUCCAACGGACUGCUAAGACACAUCUUACAGCAGGUGUACAACCACUCAGUGACCGACCCGGAGAAGCUGAACAACUAUGAGCCUUUCUCCCCUGAGGUGUACGGAGAGACGUCUUUUGACCUGGUGGCUCAGAUCAUUGACGAGAUGGAAAUGAUGGAAGAUGACACCUUUGUUGACCUCGGCAGUGGAGUAGGACAGGUAGUGCUGCAGGUUGCAGCAGCAACUAACUGUAAACACUACUAUGGAGUGGAGAAAGCAGACAUUCCAGCCACCUAUGCAGAGUCCAUGGAUAAAGAAUUUAAAAAGUGGAUGAGAUGGUAUGGGAAGAAACAUGGGGACUACACACUGGAGAGAGGGGAUUUUCUCUCUGAGGAAUGGAAAGACAGAAUUGCCAACACAAGUAUUAUUUUUGUGAAUAACUUUGCCUUUGGUCCAGAGGUAGAUCACCAGCUGAAGGAGCGCUUUGCAAACAUGAAGGAAGGUGGAAAAAUAGUUUCCUCCAAACCUUUUGCACCUUUAAAUUUUAGAAUAAACAGUCGAAACUUGAGUGAUAUUGGCACAAUAAUGCGUGUUGUGGAGCUUUCUCCACUGAGGGGCUCUGUGUCCUGGACUGGAAAACCAGUUUCCUACUACUUGCACACCAUAGACCGCACCAUACUUGAAAACUAUUUUCAUAGUCUCAAAAACCCUAAACUCAGGGAGGAGCAAGAGGUUGCUCGGCGACGUCAGCAGAAAGACACGAAGGACAAUAAAAGCAAUAGUACCACGCCCACAAAACCGAAAGAACAAAACAAGCAACAGGACUCCUGUGGGGAGGAAGAGCGUCCUAGCCUGGUGACAGUGGUCAAGCCCCCCCCCAAACCCAGGAGAACCCGGCUCUUGUCCAAAGGUCGGAAGCUGAACAACAAGAAGCGCGGCCGACCCAAGAAAGCUGCCCCGGCUGCCGAGAAGAAAAACAAGAAGAAUCAGAGCGCGCUGGACUUGCUGCACGCCAAGACCCUUUCUGCGGCACCCCCCCAGGAUGCAUACCGGCCACCUCAGAGUCCCUUCUACCAGCUACCUCCCAAGGUCCAGCACUAUCCCUCUAGUCAACUGCUGCUCAGCCCCACUCCGCCUGGUCUGCAACAACUGCUAGAUAACAUCAAAGUUCAGUACAUCCAGUUUAUGGCCUACAUGAAGACUCCUCAGUACCGUACCAACCUGCAGCAGCUUUUAGAACAGGAGAAGCAAAAACACAGGGAUCUGUCUGGACAGGCGGAGCAACUCCACUCUGUCUGUCACUCUCACAAGGACAGAAUCAAAGGUCUCUUUCAGACUAAACUAGAUGAGCUGGGAGUGAAAGCUCUGACUGCGGAAGACCUGCUGCAGGCCCAGAAGGAGAUAUCGGCUCACAACCGUCAGCUGAAAGAACAGACUAAACAGCUUGAGAGAGACAUGGCCUUACUGAGAGACCACAGCCUGCUACUGUUGAAGUCUCGAUGUGAGGAACUGAAGCUGGAUUGGGGCUCUUUGUGUUUAGAGAGUCUGUUGAAGGAGAAGCAAGCACUGCGCAGACAAAUAUCUGAGAAACAGAGACACUGUCUGGAGCUGCAGAUCAGCAUUGUGGAGCUGGAGAAAAGUCAGCGGCAACAGGAGCUGCUCCAGCUCAAGUCCUACAGCCCCUGUGAUGGCUCCCCAUACAGGAAGAGCCUGGAAUCACGCUCUUCCACAGACCUGGACUCCUCAAAGCUCGGCAUGUCCUCUGGCCCAACCCUCAAUGGUGUCAGCCAAGAGCUUUCCAUUAAUGGCACCAGCUCAUGUUUCGACCGCGCCAGCACAAAGGGAGAGCUUCUUUCGCGCUACCUGCCCAUCUCUCCCGACCACGAGAUCGUACCCACUGCCCCUGACGCUCGGCAGAGGCAGCAAAGCUCCUUCCACACUCUUCCUGACUACACACGCUUCUCCCCUGCCAAGAUUGCCUUGCGGCGGCACCUUAACCAGGACCCCACUGCCUCAAUGCACCUAAGAGGUCCGGGGCUGACCAUGCACAGGGAAUUUGUUGGUGUUAACUCACCACUUGGAGCCAAACAGAACUGCCCCUCUCCCAAUUCAUUGGAUGCACAGAAAGGUUCAGACAGGGGUUGUAAAGAGAGGAGUCCAUCUGUUCAGGUUGAUAACAGCAUCACAAGCCUUCCAAUUAGCAUCCCCCUGAGCACUGUCCACCCAAGUAAACUACCUGUCAGCAUUCCACUGGCCAGCGUGGUGCUACCCAGUCGAGUUGAGAGACUGAGGAGUACUCCCAGUCCCGUCUCUCAGUCAGGCCAGACUAAUGGAUAUUCAUCCAGCUCAGGGCUGAUGAAUGGAGGUCCCCACCCUGAGGACCAUAAUGGUGCUUCUUCAUCACCUCUUCCACACAGCAAUGCUCCUCUGACAGGACCCAUAGGUCGAGGAGGUCCCAUCCAAAGCCCCCCACUCAGUACUGGAGGGGUGCUCCAAUAUGCAGACGGACCACCAAGGAUUCUUCCAGAAGACGGACAAGACCGGCAGGGAGGUGAAUCUGACACCGAGCCCCAGGAUAGUGAACUGCGGAGGAGAAUCUUCUUCUCCUCGUCCUCCUCAUCCACGUCUUCCACUUCGUCAGGCAGUGGAGGGAGCAUGGCCGGGGGAUCACGCCUCCACCAUCACACUGGCAACUCAGCCAAGCAGGGAUACCACAGUAACCAUGGAAACCACCAUCACCAGUCGCCUGGCACACAGUACACACCAACCCCCACACAUAUGCUGUCCUCACAUUCCUCUCACAGCCUCGGCUCUCAGGAGGGACGCAAGCGUGGGAGACGAAAACGCAGCUCUGCCGGCCCUGUCCCGGCCAGCGGGUCCCCGAAGAGGAGGUCGUUCCCUGGGCUCAGCUCCAACAACCACUCCUCUGGAUCACCACUCAACAUCAACACCAUGGUCAACAACAUCAACCAGCCUCUGGAGAUCUCUGCCAUCUCCUCACCAGAACAAUCAAGCCGGAGCCCCAGUGGGCCUGACAUGGACCAGCCUCCCAUCUUGAAGAGAGAGCGGCCCUUGGAGCUCAAUGGCUCAAGUCGUUACUCCUCACCCCCCAGCUCGGAUGACGAUGACUCAGGAUACCCCGCUGACAGCUCUAGUUCUCGAAUUGAAAGAAAAAUUGCUACUAUAUCCUUGGAGAGCAGGGAUGGACCAAGUAGAUUAGGGGAUAAUGAAAGAGGCAGAAAAUCUGGUAGCAGCAGUGGAAACAGCACAGGUAGUGAGGGCUCCUCUUCAUCCUCCUUGUCCUCCACCAGCAAAUGGAAAUCUACUUUUUCACCCAUAUCAGACCUAAAGCAACCCAACUCUGACCUUAGACCAGGGGGCUCCCCUUUCGGCAUGGGGGGGUCCAGCCGGGGGACAGACUCAGAUUCUGACCACAAACAACAACAACAUCAGCAAGUGAGAAAAGGGAGUGACGGAGAGUCGUCCAGCUACAUGACCCCCAAUCCCUUCCUCAGUCAGGAGGCAGGGAGCCGGAGUGGAGGCAGCGGAGCUCAGGGAGGCGGCAGCUCAGAGCAGCGCCCGGCCCACCAGAAGCAGAAGACCCCCCGGGACUGGGAUCUGAAGACCAGCAGCAGCCACGCCAGUCAGAACCUCUUCAUCUCUGCAGCUGCUACCAGUGGAGGGGGAAUCCUGAGUGGGAAGGUGGGCGGCAGCCCUGUAGCAGUUUCCUCCACCCCGGGGUCGUCUGUGGGACAGUACCUGGGGCCUCAGUUCCCGCUCGGGGGGGCGUCGGUGUUACAAUCCCUGUUCGGGGCCCAGACAGGCGGGUCCACGGUGUCUGGGGCCGCGCGGCUCGUCAACGGACACUCUGCCAUGGGAAGCUUCUCCAGUGCAGGGCUGACAGGGGGAGCGGCUGGAGGUAACUGAUGAAAACUACCUCAACAACAAAUUAACUAUGCAAAUGUCCAGGUGCGGACCAAGGCACUCUCCUCACUCACUGGUGCUUCAAAAUAUCUGCACUACCCAACCGCCUGCAAGACCGGCCUCUGUAGUGGGAUCUCUGAUACACAUUCUCACACACACACACACACACACACUAACUAACCAGCACCACCACUAUGGUUAGCUUGAGCAGAAUUAAUAUGGUACUGGUCAUGUAAAUGUGAGUGUUGUUCGCUGAUUGUGGUGGUUUGAGCUCAGUACUGGCUGCUGCCCAGCACUGACUGACCUGAAUGAUUCUGUUGUUUAACCUUAACGCCCUCAACAUUAUGAUAGGUUGUCAUUUAUUUGUCCAAGUCACAACAACAGCAACUAGUGUUCUGCUAAAUAAUCAGUUCUGAUUGAUUUUAUGUAACAAUUAACAACCUAUAAAAGCACACAGUCCAACUUUCUAGAGCUGAAUCUCAUCUGGUGUCAUCCUCUGUCCAAAUUUCAAUUUGAAACAAACACACAGACCAGUUCACUGAACUCUGCUCACAUGUCAUGCAGCCUUUCCUCUCUGCAGGCAUGCUCUAUUGCUUGUUUUCUUCCUUCAGUCAAAUUCAGUGUUUGUUGAAGCAUAUUUGACAAACUGAGGACCUUUAUAUUCUGGUCUAACUUCACACUGGAUAGUAAGAUAUUUUCUCGUGUAGCAAAAACACUCUGGCUGGAUUAUUGACACCCCAUGAACUCUGGUUAUGUGAAUGAUUUGCUCUGUUUUUUAUCUUAUUCACUUUAAGGUCUGCCAUUUUUGACCCUCAAAAUCCAGAAUUUAUAUCUCUAUUCUUUGCUACUAACUUCAGCCAAACCAUUUAAUUCCCAUUGUGAGUAAUGGAAACUGUUUCAGUGUUUUAUCUUCUAAUAUCAGAUAUUUAACAUAUCAAUGAAAGUUUCUCCUGUGACAAUAUCAGGUACAUUUCACAUUCUCUAACGGACACAUGAAAAGUUUGGGAGAAAAUUUGUGUGUAAAUGAACCUUAACAUCUUAUGAUCUGACCUCAAACUCACCUUGAAAAUUUGGUGAAUCAUUUCCAGGGGUGACAAUAACACUGAGUCGGACUCAUUAGCUGAGUAAAUUUUAAUGCUUUUUUUAGUAAGACCAAUGAAAUUUGAUUUAAUGAGAUGGUGCUCUUUGUUUUUUGUGUAUUGUUAGCCACACUUAUGGAAUGCCAGGUCAGGGGUGUGUGGCUGCACUGUUAAAUAAAACUGAAUCCAGGUGUAAAAGAUAAAAUAGUAAAACCACAGACAAUUGAACUUAUUGUAUUUGUGAAUAUUUCCUCCUCCGGUCAGUUUGAUAAGUCACACUAAUCUGUGGAGCCACAGCAGGAAUUUUUAACUUUUCUCAUACUAAACUUAUUCAUAUUUAUCUCUGCUGUCGCAGGGUUAAGCAAAAUGUGGGUUUAUACAUUUUACAACACACAACACAGAUACACACUCACGCAUGCAAAUCCUCACACACUGGGAAACACAUAACCACGACAAACUACUGGACUCUUUUCACACCUUUUGUUUGUUUUUUAUUGUGUAAUUUGUUAUUUUUGUAAAGAAUGUUUGUACUGUGAAUGUGAUUCAUGCUCCAACUGUAUAGUUGUGUAUAAUUUAGAUUAUAUUUAUGCCAUCAGUCUCUUCUUUGCCUUGGUAUUUGUUUUUCUCUUUAUUGUUAUUUUUUCUUUAAUCCUGAAUUGUGUCGACAGUGUAGAAUGCAAUAGUGUGUGUACUUGACUCAGUCUGAAAACCAUGGUGCUAAAUUUGGACUGUGCCUGAUUUUAUUUAUUUUCUAUUAGUGAAAACAAAAAAACAAUUCGAACACUUGGUGCUGUACACAGGGACGUUUAUAAAAGCCUUUUUUUUUUAGGCAUUUCCUUUUCUCAUAUUUAAUGUGCUUUUGUCUUUAAACGCCUCGUGUACAAGUGUAGACGCCAUCUUGAGAUGGAUACUGUGUGAACAGUGGCCUCUGUUCAUGUUUCUCACACAGCUGUUUUAACAUGGCUCCGGCCGCUUUGUCAAUAGUAAGUCACAUAUCUGUAGGUUAACAAGACACACUGAUUUUGUACAUACGUUUUUUUCCCCCUUGUAUGUCUCCAGCAUAAAACAGAAAGCUAUAUAUAAGAUAAGUCUCUAUAUACAGUCUAUAUGUAUAAAUGAGUAAAUAUAUAUAUAAGUCAAUAGGGGUAUUUUGGUGCUGGCAUUGCAACCCCUUAAAUUCAACCUGUUAAACAGGAGGCUUGAAGCCGGGGAGAGCGAAGCUUUGCCAUCGCACGACCUUAAUAGACGGCGUCUUAACAACACACGCCACAGAACUAGAAACUCACAAACUGUGUAAUCAACACACAAAGGUGCUGUGACUGGAACAUAACUAGAUUCCAGCUCUAGAACUGUUAUCUCGAUUUUUACCAGAAGUUUUCAUGUCUGUUUAUUUUUAUUUCCUUUUUUAUAUAUAUAUAUAUAUAUAUACCAACCCAGAUUCUGCAGGAAAAACGGUGCUUCUAUUUCCAGACGACAAUGAAAUCUUUACUGGUGCUUAAAGUGAAUGUCUUACUGACAAGGCCCUCCCAUGUAGUGUAAGCAUACUGUGAGACAUGCUGAUGUAAAACACUUGUGUUAGCGUGUGUGUGAGCAGCAAAGCUUCUUUUUCUGAUAGUGGGAUACACUUGCGCUCAUUGUGUGUGGUUUUCUGUUCCCACUUGAUGGUGCAUAUCUAAGGGAAGAUUAGACUAAUAAUAAUCAAAGCUUUAUAGUAAACUCCUGUCCUGUGCACUCACUGCGCGAACACGAGCGUGUUUUCAGAGAGACGUUUUAGAACAUAACUAGAGACAAUAGAGUCCGUUUGUUACCAGCACUGAGAGCUCCUUUGUAAUUAUUGUCUGACGCUAUGAUUUUUCUUAUUCUUGAUGUUUGAUACGAUUACAAUUACAUGUUCUGCUUCUAACUGUGUCUUCAGAUUCUUGUCGGUUUUUAAUACUACUUGUCAGAAUAGACAGCACGGUGCUCUCCUUCACUUAAAACAAGGAAAUUGCAGCUAUUCAUACGAAAACAUUGCUCCAGCCCUGUUGUGCUGCAGGGUUUCAUGGGUAACGAUAGUCAACACGAGCUCGCCUGGCUGCUUUCUGGAUAAUACAGUUUAACCUAGAGACGUUUCUCUCACGUCGAGGGGGGGGGUUUGUAAUGUGUGUGACGGUGAGAAUAGUUCAUGGAAACACUUAUUUUACACAGAUUUGAACCCGCCUCUUGUACAAUCACUGAAAGGGAUGAGGUGCUGUGAUCAAAGUCCGUUGGUGCAUGGGCAUGAUUGGACCUUAAAGCCUCGAUGCAGUUCUCCAGCUUCAUCCCCAUCUGGGACAUGGACGCUCGAUAACCUGUGAGAGCUGUAGAGUCGAGGCUGUUUACUCUUAAUCCUGCCAAAGGUCUGGAACUCAGGAACUUCCCAGGAUGCUUGUAACGAUGCAAAAGAUUUAAACUACUGCACGCCACUAGCUUAUUCACCAUCUCGUGGAGCGAUUAAGUCCCUCAGUUAUUCCCCCCCCAAACUCAGGACCAGGACAAGCUCCUCAUUAAGUGUCUGUCGAGGUAACAUCUAUAUUCAGGUCUCCUUAGAUUUAUUCUCACUGUCACAGACAUGCAGCCUCUCCGGUGAAACGCAGCUUUAAUUGGCUUUACAUGAGUCGUUCUGGUCUGGAGAAACUUUCAGCAUCUCCCUCAUCUCACAAAGCCUCUGUCUGAUACGUGUCUCUAAAGAAGGAGGUUCACCGUCCUCUGUUGGGUUGAACCGACGUUAAAAGAGCCGAGCGUGAACCGCAGUCCGUGUAUCGUGAUCUCUGAUUGGUGAAGCCAGGGCAGGUUUGAGGUGCAAUAACGGCAAACCUAUUUCCCAAAAGGCCCCGGGUUUUCAUGGAAAACUUGUUACUGUUCGAUGUUGGUGCUUUUAUCCUAAGAUGUUAUAAUGAAACAAAUGGAAUUAAUGGGUUUUUUUCUGCGUUUUAUGAUUAUUAAUAAAAAUGUUUCUUAUAAUAUUUGAAUUCA